UGCAAUUACACUUUUUCAACUUCAUAUUUAAGCUUGAAACUGACAGUUAUGCAAUAUAAUGAAGUAAAUGGAGAAUAAACAAAGUACGUAUGCUUAAAUUUAAAGAGAAUUUGAAUAGUUUUCUUCACAAUCUCUUAGCAAAGGUUCUAUCCUGUGAAAUACAACUUUUUAAAAAACCUUUAUACUAAUAGGUAAUACGUAUAAUAUAUAUUAGUGCUGUCAAACAAUUACAAUUUUUGGUACAUGGCAACCAUCAUGACUCUCCACCAGGCCUACUAAAGACAUGAACAUGAAAAUAUGAAAUGCACUUCACACCCCUGUAAAUUAAAGAAAAAAAUGAAAUCAACACUACUUGAGCCAUUGUAUUUACAGAGAGUGACAGGAUUGAAAAUGAUUAAAUGAAGCUGUUUUUGUUAUUUAUAUAUACACAAUGCACUGUGCUCAGAAAAGAGUUUUAAGUUUUUAGCCUCAAAAGCCUCAUUCAGUGGUAUGUCUACACUGAAACAUUGUUUGUUGACAUAGUAGUGCAGAGGGUUUUGCUACAUGCUUACACACUGAUAAUGGUUAGAAAGAUAUUUUCUGGGUCCCGAACCAGAUAUAUAGAUUUAGUAGUAGGAUCACAUUCAGAGGUGAUGUGAGGCAGGCUGUUGUGUUCACAUCAAGGUCCAGCGCUGUAACUUGUAAUUUCAACUGUUGAAGCAAAUACAUUUUUUUAAACGACAAAUAUUUUUAUUGUACUUCCUUCUUAAAAAAUCUUCACAUGACAAGAGAAAAAAAUGACACACAUGCAAUCUCUAGCAAAAUCAUAAUCUUAUUGGAAAAUGUAAUGACUACAUGUGGGUAAAUACCCUCAACAUAUAAAAGCAAAUGAAUACCAGUCUCACCUCACUAUGGAAACUCCCUGAUGUUUGUUUGUCGGUGCGUCAUUAGAUUUGGCACGGUUUUUGGAACCGCCACAAACUUCACAGUGAACAUUAACCAAUCCCUCACCAAGAGACAGAGAGAGCUGCCAGAAAACAAAAAACAAAAAACAAAAAACAAAAACACUCACCUGAUGUCACACUGACACUUAGUCUUGUCAGGUUUGAAUCACGGUUGUUCUGUCCUUCUUGGGAAAAACAAAACGAUUGGAAAUCGUUUAUUUGGAAAUUAGUUGAGCAGAAGUGAAUAAAAUGCCUGCUGGGACAUCUGCGUCUCUCUGCUGGAUUCUACUCUCUGUCUGCCUCCUGUUUGCCUCUACAGAUGGGAAAAUCAUCAAAGCUGAGCCUGGACAGAACGUCACUCUGCCAUGUCAAACCCCGCAUAUCAGCGUCCCCAUCAGAACUGUGGAGUGGUUCAGACUUGACCUCCAGGAAGGACAUGUCCUCAUGUACCAGGAUGAGCAGUUUAUUUCAUUGAACCAGCUUCCAUCGUUUGUGAACCGGGUGGAUCUGCAGGACAGACAGAUGAAGGACGGAGACGUGUCUUUGAUUCUGAAGGAUGUGACGAGUGACGACACUGGAACAUUUCAGUGUUACGUUGUCCAGAGAGGAACAAAUGGCAGGAAAAGUAUUGUUGAUCAUAUCAGCACCAUCUACCUGAGAGUUGUAGGUAGCAGCGAUGGACAUCCAGCGAUGCGUUGUAGACGUUUAACACAAUUACAAUUGAAUCUUUUAGCGUAUUUCUCUUUUUUACUUAAAACCAUUGUUAAGGAGAUUUAAAAAAAAAAAAUAAAGUAAGUUUUUAUUGUCUUUUUCGUUAUUAUUUUGCUGUAAAAGGUAAUAAUGCCAAUGAAGUCCUUA